AUGUUUAUAUUUAGAUUUUCUGAAAGUGGUACUUAUUUUGUUCCACAAGAUGGUCCACAUCAAACUUAUGUUGAUUAUAUUCGAACAUUACCAUUAAAUCCCUUACCUGAAGUCUACGGUUUUCAUUCAAAUGCUGAUAUUACAAAAGAUCAACAAGAAACUCAAACAUUAUUUGAUAACAUCCUUCUUACAUUACCCAAACAAACAUCUGGUGGUGAAGGACGAACACCAUCCGUUGUUAUUGAUGAAUUAGCUGCCGACAUUCUUAGUAAAUUACCAGCUGAUUUUGAUACUGAAACUAUUGGUAAAAAAUAUCCAGUUCUUUACAAUGAAUCAAUGAAUACCGUUUUACGACAAGAAAUUAUUCGUUAUAAUCGUUUAACAUCGGAAGUUCGAAAGACUUUAGCUGAUUUACGUAAAGCAAUUAAAGGUCUUGUAUUAAUGUCAUCUGAACUUGAAGAAGUUUUUAAUGCAAUGUUUAUUGGUAAAGUUCCAAAUGCAUGGGCUGCUAAAUCUUAUCCAUCAUUAAAACCAUUAGGAAGUUAUUUAAAUGAUUUAAUGGCUCGAUUAAAAUUUUUAAAUUCAUGGAUUAAAAAUGGACCACCGCAUGUAUUCUGGAUAAGUGGUUUCUUCUUCACGCAAUCAUUUUUAACCGGUGUUCUUCAAAAUUAUGCUCGAAAAUAUACAAUUCCAAUUGAUAAACUUGCAUUUGAAUUUGAUAUACUUGAAGAAGAUAAUGAUAUGAAUCAUAAACCUGAGGAUGGUGCAUAUAUAAAAGGUCUUUAUCUUGAAGGUGCUCGAUGGAAUAAAAAAAGUCGUGUACUAGAUGAAUCUUUACCAAAAGUUUUAUUCGAUACUCUUCCAAUUAUAUUGUUAAAACCUGGUAAUAUAGAGAAAUUUGCAAAAAUUAAUACCUAUUCAUGUCCUGUGUAUAAAACAAGUGCCCGACGUGGUGUACUUAGUACAACGGGUCAUUCAACGAAUUUCGUUCUUUUAAUUGAGCUUCCAUCUGAUAAAUCAAAACGACAUUGGAUAAAUCGUGGUGUUGCUUCACUUUGUCAACUUGAUGAUUAA